AAGACGGAAAUGGACACCUUGGCUGAUGGACACCGUGUGCUGAUGUUUGGUAAUAGUAGUAGUUUGAGCUGUUAACGGCAGGAGCGACUGGGACAAUAAUCUUAAUGUUGGAUUAAGCAGGUUUUAAUUAUUAUACCAGGAUUCGACAUCGAUGGAAUAUAUUUGAUCAUUUUGAUUGACGUAACCUCAGGUAAGUUGUUUUGAAAUGCCUUUGCUUGGGAAGAUAGUGGUGAUCAAGAGAAAUGGAGGAGAUGGCACUGAAUUUCCCCUCACAGCGUCCUGUCUGUUCGGAAGGAAGCUGGACUGUGAUAUUCGGAUUCAGCUGCCGCAGGUGUCUAAAGAGCAUUGUAAAAUUGAGCUAAAUGAGAACAAGGAGCUAAUUUUGACCAAUUUGAGCUCUGUGAACCCCACUCGUAUUAAUGGACAAGUUCUUAAUCAGUCGGAAUGUUUAAAGCAUGGUGAUCUCAUCACAAUCAUUGAUCGUUCUUUCAGGUUUGAGUACCCACCUCCUAAGACACCGAAGAAGAGGCUGUCCACACCUGGAAAAGGCAAAGCAGUUCAGGUGUUGAAAGAGCAGCAGGAAAAAGGCACACCUGUUCCUGUGGAAAAGAGAAAGUCAGAGCAUUCGUUUGAUACUUGUUUAAAAGAUGGGUCAAAUUUGCCACCAUCUUUGGAACAAACUGUUGAGACUGAACCAGAAGAUGGCAAACUUAAAAAGGACAGCAUGUCACCGUUUUGUGAGCUUUACCAAAUGGUCAAACAGGACCUUGCUCCAAAAUCACCACGGAAGUCUGAGCAACCAAAAACACCUCUUGCAAGACCUCAGAAUGGUCACGAGAAAGUUUCGGCUGCAGAUGUUAAAAGUAGUCAGAAACAGGUCACAACCCCAUCUACAAAGAAGCGAAGAUCCUCAAAAUCCAAUUCUGAGGAUACAACUGGACCAGCUAUACCUCAGAGUUCAUUUAAUUCAAAUGUGGAAGAAAACCCCACUGACAAUGUGCCAUCUAUAGGGUCCACCACCCCCUCAAUAACAGAGAAUUGUGUAACGCCUGUCUCCCAGAAGAAUAGAACACCCUUGAAAACACCUCAGAAGUUCAGUGCUGGUGAGGUAGUCCAGCAAAUUCUUUUACAGCCACAGCCUGAAGAGAAGACUCCUAAAUCCCCAAAAGGAAGGAGAAGUGGUGGAUCACAGGAUCAGAGCCUUGUUCAUCAAAUGCCUUCAGUCCAGCCUCAGACUCCAGGCACAAAUGAUAACAACACUGAAGUGAAGAUGUCACCAAGAACAUCACCAAGAGCAAAUGCUGGCAAAAGGUUUCAAAUUCAAGAUGUUCUGCCUGAAAUUACAACUACCACAUCAGCAUCUAAGAAGGAAGAUGACACUUCAGUAAAUGAGCUAUUUGACGGUAAUGAAUCUCGCAAUGAGGUAAUUGUUCCAAAAGCAAAGAAAAAGCGAGUGUCCUUUGGUGGUCAGCUGAGUCCAGAGCUAUUUGACAAAGGCUUGCCCCCUAAUUCCCCACUUCGCCGUGGGGCAACCCCACGACACAGUUUGGGUGCUUCACAAAGACCCCAAUCUCUCUUACGACGAGCAUCCACCAUUGGUCUUUUGGCUCUUCGACUUAGAGAAACCGUUUCAGAGGCUCAAAAAUGUUCUCCAAAUAAAGCUUCACCCAAAAGGUCACCGGGUACCAAGGCUAAGACUCCAUCACCUGCCAAAAGGUCACCGGUUACCAAGGCUAAAAAUCCAUCACCAAAACAUCAAAAGUCACCAUCUGCUUCAACCAAAACACCAACACCAUCCUCUACUCCUGCUGCACCUAGGACACCUGCAUCUGCUAAGAGAGCAUCAACUUCAGAGAUUGAGGCUGCUCGUGACAUGUCUUUAACUGAGACACCUAGGGUGCAGGGAAGGUUUUCAGUCUCUCUUAUCAAUACUCCAUCACCUGUCCAGGACCAGGGGAGCAUGUCUGAACCACAGUCAGCCAUUGCAGAAGACGUGCCCCAGAAGUGUGUAACACCAAAGAUACCCUUAAGGAGGAAGAGCAUGAAGUCUUCUGCAAGAAAAACUCCCAAAAGUGCAAUUAAAAGUGCUUUUGAUGUCAUGCGUUCAAGACGCAGUGGAGCAUCUCGGGCUAAUCUAAAAGUGUUGACCUCUUGGGCUGAUAUUGUAAAAUUUGGUCAGACCAAACCUCAAACAGAAGUUACAACUAAGAAAAAACCUACAAAGAGCACUAUAGUGAAGAGAGCUCUACUGCCAAAACCCAAGACACCUGCACAGAGGCUGAAAGAUGAUGUUAGCACUGGGCAUGCAGCAUCUCCAGUCACCAUUGUUGUUGGCAAAGCCCAUAUGAGGACUAACCAAUAUGUUGGUGCUGCACCUAAAAUAGUGCCAAAUAUAGCACUAUUCAAGAAGGACAUGAAAAUGGAUGAGGACUUGACAGGUGUUGAAGAGAUUUUCAAAACACCAGCCAACACCAGGUCUAAGAAUAGAGUUCCUUUGAAUAAAGAAUGUCCAGAGAUUUCUCUGGAUGAGGUUUCAGUGAUGAAAACACCAGAAGAAUCAGGUGAAAUGUUGGUGUCGCCAUUAAGUGUGGUCUCCACUGCCAAAAGUGGUAUCUACAUCAAUGAAGCAGUAACACGACUACUACUUGACAACCAGGAUGGUAGUUUGUUGGAAGACGAAGUUCUUUCUCAACUCCCUGAAAACUCUAUUGAAACAAAUUGCCAUGACAUCAUUCCAGAUGUAGAGACACCUAAUGUCCAAACAGAGGAAGAGGAGGCUGCACCUGAAACAGUAGUCAAAACCCCAAAACAGAAAGCUGCACCAUCCUUGUGUCUCACUGGAGUCAAGCAGCUCAUGAAGACACCAAAACAGAAGGCUGAACCAAUUGAGGACUUAAGAGGAAAGCUGCUCAAGACCCCCAAGGAAUGUAAACCUUCCCAGGGUGAAAGUCUAGAAGGCAUUAAGGAACUCCUAAAGACUCCCAAAUACAGGGGAGCACCAGUAGAAGACAUGGUUGGAGUGAAAAGAGUGAUGCAGACUCCAAAAGAGAAGAGCAAUCCUGUACUCUGCGCAUCUGGUCUUCAGAGGCUUAUGAGAACACCCAAAGAAAAGGUUGAGCAACAUGAAGACCUUACUGGUGUGAAAGAACUGAUGAAAACACCGGAAAUAAAGGGAGACAUGUUGGAGAAUCAAUUACGGCUAAGAAGAUUUGCGAAGACACCUAAACAGAAGAGAAAUCAAGUUGAAGAGGACCUAACUGGUGUUCAGCAACUGAUGAAGACCCCUAAACACAGAGGAGAGCCAAUUGAAGAUCAAAUGGGUAUAGAAAGGCUGAUGCAGACUCCCAAAGAGAAAGUUGAACCCGAAGAAGACUUCUCUGAUUUGAAGCAGUUAAUGCAGACUCCCAAGUUAAAAGGAGAACCUGUCAGCAGUCAGUUUGAAAUCAGUGAACUUAUGAAGACCCCUCGACUCAAAGCAAUGACAGAGGAGUCCACUGGCCUUAAAGAACUCGAACCAAAGAACAGCUCUUUCUUGACAACAGGAAGUAGUGUGACUGAGGUAAAUGGAAAAGUUAAUCCAUUGAACACUCAUGCCAUGCUUACACCAGAGACAGAAUACGACCAAGAAAAUGUCUGUCAGGUUGAAACCAUGGAGACUGAAGUUUUAAAAUCUAUGGAUCUACAGUGCACCGCUAAAACAGUUGAAUCUAAUCAGAGUCAUCCAUAUAUUGAGACUUUAAUUCCCCAGGAAAGACACCCUGACCAGAUUGAAGAGGAGAUUGUUUCAGUUGAUGCUUCUGAUGUGUGUUCUUCUGGGCCAGAUAAGAAAACCCAAGAGCAGUCUGAAGAAACUGUAUGCUUAUCUGAUAAUACCAACACAACAGUUGAAGCUACCUCAACUUCAUCCACUGCUGAGCAAGAGGAGCUAGUCAAGUCUCCACCUGCCAGCAAAAUUCAGCGUGGCACUCAAGGAAGAGCAGCACAGAGAUCCAAAAAUGGUAACAACAAAAUGGCCAAAGCACCUGCUGUAUUGUCAUUAAUUGAAAAGGAAAUUAUGAGUAGUCAAGUCCCCGCUAGUCCAACCAGAGGAAAGAGAGGCAAGAAACUUCUUGAAGUUCCAGAAAUCGCUGCCAGUCCGGUUAGAAAAUCAGCCCGUGGUAGAGUUCCCAAGCACAGCUCUGUGGAAGAAGAGGCAAAGAAUACAGAGGUCGAGGUUCCAGAUCCCCUGCCUGUGAUUACCAAAACCAGGAAAGGGAGAAAACCUAAACAAGAUGGUGCUGAUGCUGCAGUUGCAACCACUCAUGAUGCAAAUGCUGUUGACCCACAGUGUCCUGAUGCAAAUGAAGAGCAGGUCCAAGCCCCUCUUGUGAAAACUGGGAGGAGAAAGAUUAUGGAUAAAACCAAAAGACAACCUUCAGAAGAACUUGAACAGACAACAACUGAAAUUGUUUGUGAGGAAAAUGCUGUUGUACCAGAGGAUGUCAAGUUGCAGACUUCACUAGGUACUGACACUAUCUCUGCAACUAGAGCUAGGAGGGGAAGGCCAACAAAGAAGGAACACUUGAAAACCGAGCCAACCCCUGCUUUAGAAAGCAAAAUUCCAAGCACUCAUGCUGUUGUAGUGGCUGAGAAGCCAGUGAUACCUGUAGCAAAGUCAGUGCAAGGAAGGAAAGGUAAAAAAGAAACAGUCAAGGACCAGCCCUUGGGUGAUGAUGUCAUGGUUGUUUCCAAAACUGUGGCAGAGGCAAAUGUUGACCAUAAAGAGGAGCCUGAAGCACCUGUGGUCAAGUGUGGCAGAGGACGAAAAACCAAACAGCAGAAACCACAAAUGGCUGAAGAGGUUGUUGACCAACCUGCUGUAGAUACCAGCACACAUUUACCUGUGACCGAAGAACACACUGAAACAGUGAUAAAAUCUGUGAGAGGGAAUAGGAAGACAAAGCAGUCAAAGGAGACCGUUUCAGUUAAGGCUGAGGAGAAGAUUGUCAGCCCGGUUGAACAAGCAGAGACCCCUGUUGUCAAAACGGGUCGAAAAAGGGCUGUUAAUGCAAAAGAAACUGAAAUGGUUGCAGAUGUUGCUGUCAAAAGAGGUCGCCAUGCUGUUGCAGACCCUGCACCGCCAGUUGCUGUGGUGUCUAGCCGUGUACGUAAAGCAGUUGUGAAGGCAAAGUCUGAGGUUACUGAGGAUGUAGCUUCAUCAGAAGAGCCAGUAAAGCCUGCUAAACAUACCAGGAGAACAGCAAAAGCACCUAAAUCAAAGGAAGAAGAAAAUACCAUGACACAGGCAGGUUCUGAAUUUGUUGCUGCUGAGAAAACACCAGGUGUCGGACUGGAGAAAGUGGAAAGAGGAAGCCGUGGAAAAAAACUGAAGGAUUCAACUAAGGACAUCCCUAACAGCCCAAUCAGUGAAGCUGCUACAGCUGAGGAAGCUAGUGAAAUAAAACCAUCAAAAAUGGUUAUCUGCAACACAGAUUUGGUCGUCUGUAAAGACACCGAAAAGUCUGAAAUUACUACCAAUGUAAAAGAGCCGCAGCUGAAGAAAUCCAAAAGGUUAGGCAAAUUACCAGCUGAGAUGUCUUCCACAGAAUCAAAUCAGUCAACUGAUCUGCCACCCAGAGGCCGCAGAGGGAGAGGAGUGAAAGAAGAAAUUCCCAUUGAAGAGACUCAAGAAGAAGCUCAGAUAAAAGACAAACCAUUGAGAAGAGGAAAGGCAGUGGCUCCCUCUGCGCCCAAAUCAGAGCCCACUGAUAGUAAGACAUCAACUCCCCUCAAAAGGAGAAGGAUUGAAGUGACGGAUGAGUCCGUGAAUAAGGAGCCUUUGCCAAAGAGAAGAGUGAGAGUAGUUGAAGUUGCAGCAGAGGUCUCAAGCAAAGAGAAAAUGCCUGAAGCUGAACCAGAAAAGGCUGAUCCUACUUCCAAGAAGACUGGAAAUAAAGCUACAAGAAGACAGAAAAGUACAGCACAGGAACCAGAUCCAGCACCUGCUAAGGCUCAAGAGUCUGUUUCAGGAACCACCACUCGAAAAGCAAGGAGUGUGAAAAAAUUAGAGGAAGUAGAUGUCCCUACAGAGGCAGCUCCUGUCAGGCGCACCAGGAGGAAGUAAAGCACUGAUCUUACAGAGUGGUCUUAAUUAUCGAUUCUCUGUAAUCUCUUAAAAAAGUUUUAGUUUUAUAUGUUUGUGAUAUUGCAUUGUUUUCUAUACAUUUUUCAGUGUAAUUUUAACUGAUUUUAUCUUAGGGAAAAGUCUGUGAACACUUGAAUCAAAUGUGUUUGUUCUCUUAAACUCGGAUGAAAGAGACAUUGAAACAUAUAGCCAUGUAGACUUGUUUUUACUUCAAGAAAAUGUUUAAAGACUUUCUACAUUUGAACUGUUAACUUCCGUCAAUGUUCUUUUAUAUAUAUAUAUAUAUAUAUAUAUUUUUUUUUUUUAAAGAAUAAAAUAAGUUGAGGGGUGCAUAACCAGGCUUGAUCUGUCACAAUUCUUAAGCCCAAGAGUGUGUAUUGUGCUGUAGUUGUAAGUGUACAUGUGACAUGAUUGAAAGUUUUCAUUAAAAAGAAUUUUGUCACCUCA